GCCUCGUGCCCGCGCCGGUCGGUUGGUAGAGCUUUUGUCCUACAGCGGGCUGAGGCUCAGGCGACAGCGGCGGGCCUGAGGCGACGGAGCGUCCAGGAGCCCGCCGCGCUGGUAGCGAUAUUAAUAAGGCAGCGGAAAGAAGAAAUAUGAAUACGGCUCCAUCAAGACCCAGCCCCACACGAAGAGAUCCAUAUGGCUUUGGAGAUAGUCGAGAUUCAAGGCGUGAUCGAUCUCCGAUUCGGGGAAGUCCAAGGAGAGAGCCAAGGGAUGGCAGAAAUGGCCGAGAUGCCCGGGAUAGAGACAUUCGAGACCUACGGGACCACAGAGAUAGCAGAGACAUUCGGGAUCACAGAGAUAGCAGAAGUAUGCGUGAUGCUCGGGACAUGAGGGAUCUCAGAGGCUUUCGUGAUCUAAGAGACUCUAGAGAUUUUCGAGAUCACCGGGACCCCAUGUAUGACCGAUACAGAGACAUAAGGGAUUCCCGAGACCCAAUGUAUAGGAGAGAAGGCUCUUAUGACCGAUACCUGCGGAUGGAUGACUAUUGCAGGAGAAAGGAUGACGCUUACUUUGACCGGUACAGAGACAGCUUUGAUGGACGAGGCCCCCCUGGCCCAGAAAGUCAGUCUCGUGCAAAAGAGCGUUUGAAACGUGAGGAACGGCGUAGAGAAGAGCUUUAUCGUCAAUAUUUUGAGGAAAUUCAAAGACGCUUUGAUGCUGAGAGACCUGUGGACUGUUCUGUGAUUGUGGUCAACAAGCAGACUAAAGAUUAUGCUGAGUCUGUUGGGAGGAAGGUCCGAGACCUAGGCAUGGUUGUAGACUUGAUCUUCCUAAACACAGAAGUGUCACUGUCACAAGCCUUGGAGGAUGUUAGCAGGGGAGGGUCUCCCUUUGCUAUUGUCAUCACCCAGCAACACCAGAUUCACCGUUCUUGUACGGUCAACAUCAUGUUUGGAACUCCACAAGAGCAUCGCAACAUGCCCCAGGCAGAUGCCAUGGUGCUAGUGGCCAGAAAUUAUGAACGCUACAAGAAUGAGUGCCGGGAGAAGGAACGUGAAGAGAUUGCCAGACAGGCAGCCAAGAUGGCUGAUGAAGCCAUCCUACAGGAAAGAGAGCGAGGAGGCCCUGAGGAGGGCGUGCGUGGAGGGCACCCUCCAGCCAUCCAGAGCCUCAUCAAUCUGCUGGCAGAUAACAGGUAUCUCACUGCCGAAGAGACAGACAAGAUCAUCAACUAUCUGCGAGAGAGAAAGGAGCGGCUUAUGAGGAGCAGCACCGACUCUCUGCCUGGCCCGAUUUCCCGCCAAUCACUCGGGGCGACCUCGGGUGCCUCGCUGAAGACACAGCCAAGCUCCCAGCCGCUCCAGAGCAGCCAAGUGCUCCCCUCCGCUACACCCACUCCAACUGCACCCCCCACCUCCCAGCAAGAGCUUCAGGCCAAAAUCCUCAGCCUCUUCAAUAGUGGCACAGUUGUGGCCAGCAGCAGCUCUACGUCCCCCUCAGUUGUUGCCGGAAACACACAGAACCAGAAUUUUUCCACAGCAGCAAACAGCCAGCCUCAGCCAAGAUCACAGGCCUCUGGCAGUCAGCCUCCAAACAUUUUGGGACAGGCAGGAUCUGCUCGGAACAUGGGUCCCAGGCCUGGGGCUCCUACCCAAGGGCUCUUUGGCCAGCCUUCUAAUCGCCUGACACCUGCCAGCAACAUGGCUAGCCAGAGGCCUGUAUCCUCCACAGGUAUUAACUUUGACAAUCCAAGUGUACAGAAGGCUCUGGACACUCUGAUCCAGAGUGGCCCUGCUCUCUCCCACCUGGUUAGCCAAACUGCAGCACAGGUGGGGAGGCCCCAGGCCCCCAUGGGAUCUUACCAGAGGCAUUACUGAGGCUAAACAGCUCCACUACUCCAGUCCCCUGGCCACCGCCCACCUCAUUCUGAGUAGAGUUGUUUGGAGGAUGUUUGUUGGCGCUCUCCAGGUCUACAUCAAAUGUCCUAAGUUGCUAUCACCUGCUCCCUCUCCUGCCCAAGGCUGCGUUGCUUAUUACUUACAGAAUCAGAAUUUAUACUGCAAUUGGGAGUAUAUUGUUUUUUGUUUUAGUAGAAAAUAAAUAUCUCCGGGGUUGCUUGGGCAGUACAGGUGUGUGUGCUUGGUUUCUAUGAGAAUGAGUUUCUCUGGUCCUUGUCUGCUGGCUUUGGGAGAGGAAAGGAAGAAGCAAGUCCCAGCAAGGCUGCAUCUGGAAUGCCAUGUGUCAUAUCAGUAACCACCACCUCUGUUCACUUGGAACCUACCAAGGCUUUCUCCUCACACGUCCAACAGAGCUGUGAUGCCCACACUCACAGAGGAGCAGUCUCGGCAAGGAAGAUGUGCUGUGCCCCCCCCCCCUCGUGGGGGCUGUGCUCCAGAACUCACCAGCUGCCUGCAGGCCACAGAAGGAGCUCUUCUGUCUGUGUCAGGGCAGUGAUUUCUUCAGAGUUGGUUUGAGUCUUCGUUUUUUGUUUUUGUUUUGUUUUCAUAUCUUUGGAGAAUCGCCAGUGGACUGGACAGCUCCAUUUACCAACAGUUUGAUGGGAACUGGGCUGAAUCUGUGCUCACCCCUCUUCUCUGUAACAAGGUCAGCACCUGGAGGAGUUGGGCUGAGAAGAUGGCUCUGGGCAUCUGGCAGUGGACAUCCAACAUUUCAGUGAUUUGGGCUUUUGGCUCAAAAACCUCAGGCUUGGGGGGGCGGGGGUUCUUACAUGUUUUUUGAGCAGCAGGGUAGGGACCAUUUUGAUGUCAGACUUUGGGUACUUGAACAUGUUCUUGAUAAAGAUGGUGUCCAUAACUUUUGAGUCAGAAUGAGAUUAUUGGAGAGAGGGUGGCUGGUUGCUGCUCUGAAUGGAGCCAAAGGAAGCUGCCCUGUCCCUGGGGAACACUAUGCUCACUAGAGCUCUGUGGAUGGAGUCUUGGGUGGCCAUGGCAGAGUGAGGAGGGCUGUGGCUGUACUGAAUCCCGAACCAGUGGCUAGGCAAACGAUAGUUUCUAAUUUCAAGAUCCUCGAUGGCAGCAGUUAAUGUUCUGGCCUGUUGGUGUUAUAUAGUGGGUUACUCCAUCCCCUUUGGAACUCGUGUUAUUUUAAAAAAAGAAAUGAAAUGAUCACUUUUUAAUUAAAAUGAAAAUGUCA